UAUGGAUUGGAAGCACUCUUCAACACUGACCAUCGCUUUAAUCCUGUCCGCGCUCAUACCUCCUGUAGCACCUUGGUACUACAACUGCUUCCAAAGCUCCGAAGAUACCUCCAGUCUCCUAUCGAACAGCUGCAGCCUAAAAGACAUAGUUGUCCGGAGCGAUAUCGAUGCCCAGGAUGUCUACUUUCCGCCGACCAACAUCAACUUUUUCCAGUCGAACUUUUCGUCCUUCUCACCGGUCCUAGGUCGCCGAUUGCCGGAUGAAGCAGAGAAAGUGAACUUUUUCAACUGCAUGGUGUCGAAGUUUGCCAUUCCAACCGGGCUGCGAGUGCUGGGAGUGUAUUUCACCAAUGUGGCGCUGUUCUAUUCGAACUAUCGGAUGGAGAGUGCAAUGGAAGAACUGUCCGUGGUCGGUGCCCGGAUAACGUCAGUACGAUUUGUGGAAGUAUUCCGGAAGCUGCGUUAUCUUCGCGUCGAAGGAAAUCCUAUUCGGCUUGUGGUUAUGGAAACGUUUCGAAAUUUGACCGAAGUGGAAGUGAUUAAUCUGAGUGGCAAUCAAAUUAUUACCAUUGAGCCUACAGAGAAGCCGUUGGAGCUACCCAAGUUGGUAGAGCUCAAUCUGAGGAGGAAUUUUCUCAUUGAACUGGACAGCAGCUUGUGGUAUUCUCCGAGUUUGCAGAUCCUGACCUUACACACAAACUUUCUGAAGAGCUUGAACGUUGAGGAGCUACACAGAUCAUUUCCACGGCUAACGCAGGUGACAUUGAGUCGUAAUCAUUGGAACUGUAAGCGGUUGAAUGUGAUCUUGGGAUCGAUGUUGAUUCGGAACAUCACCUUUUAUGAGCCGGAUGCCAGGGUGGGUUGCCAUUCGUUUGAAUAUCUUGAAUAUAUGAGCUUUUCGGAGCAGGAUGCUAUCACUAAUGCGAAGAGGGUGGUGGAGCGGUUGGAAACAGUAUCAGCUGAGUAUUACGAAGAAAUGAGAAAUACUACUGUGCUAGAAGAUCUGCAGCAGCGAAGUGAUAUUCUGAGAAGGAAAUUAGAUGGAAUGAAUGAUGUAGUUUGGAGGGUAAUGAAAAAAUACGGUGAAAUCAAGCUGUGGGUUCUAAGCACUAGCAAUUAGGCAGAAAGCACGAUGAGAGGUCUAUCUUUAGAAUGUGUUUUAAAUACAAGUGAACUUUAGGAAAUAGUGUUGAUCAAGAAUGAUAAUGGCUGAAAGCAUGCUGAAAAUCGAUGCUUAUCUGAACAUCCCGACG